AUGGUCCGCCAAAUCCUCUUCCGCGUAAUCUACGCCGACGAAAACGCCGACCGCGACACCGUCCACAACGCGCUCAUCUCCCAGAUGACCUGGAAACCGGCGCUCCUGCGCAACCACAUGCGGCAUCGCAUAAAGAGCGUCGCCUACCCGGCCGUCGCGCCGCACAAAGGCAAGAAUGUGCAGGGUAUACUGGUGAGCGGGCUCACGGAUGGGGAUAUUCGACGACUGGAUCGGUUUGAAGGGGAUCAGUAUGAUCGGAAGGUGCUAGGCGUGGAGUUGCUUGGGGAGGAUGGGGUGUUUGGGACGGGUGGGAACGUAGAGGCGGAGGUUUAUAUGUGGAAUUAUAAGUAUGAGGGGUUGAGGAGGGGGGAGUGGAGUAUUGAGGAGUUUCGGGAGGUGCAUUUGAGUAAAUGGGUUGGGGAGGCGGGGGAACAUGAAUAUCAGGAUAUUGAAACUGAUUAUGCUGUUGCUGCUGUCAGUGAUGUUCCUGCGAAAGAUGGGGGGGACAAAUCCAAGGCUCAGAAAGAGAGUGGUGCGAAAACCGAUGCUGCUGAUGUUGAGGACGAUGAUAUGGACGCUGCUGUUUGA